AUGGCAACUGUACGUUCCACUGGUGGGCCUCGCACCGAAUUUCUUAGUUCGCUAGACGAAAUGAAGGUGAAGGCUGUAUGUGGAAGACAAUAUGUCCAGGUCGAAAAACUACAAGAAUGGAUGACGCGAGGCAAACCGAGGAAUAUUGAUCGCCUUCUAGAUUCCUGUCGCAAAGAUCAGCACGGGUUUCCGAUAGACACAAACAAGUACAUGCGUGGGGACAAAAAAUGUCUCCUUGUCUUCAGCAUCUUCCUCGAACUUGAAGAAGGCGAGCUGAUCUAUGACCUGAGGGAUCGAGGCUUCGUUGACGGCCGACUGCCUUUGGACCUUGCCUACUUGGAAAGAGUCUUGAAAAACAAACCUAAUCUAGCGCAACGCUUCAAUAAGGCGCAAUGGAAAUACACCCCUCUGAAGUUCGAAUUCCAAGAUCAGGAAAAAGAAUCCCCAGCGGACAGGAUAGUGCCCAUCUGCCUCAAGGAGGAGAUCAACGAAGGUGGAACGGCAGUCGUAUACCAGAUACUAGUGCAAGAGGAGUUUGUCAGCAAGGGUCUGAGAGACGCCGUUCCGAACUCAAGGUACAAUGAUCAGAAAUAUGGUCCAUGUUAUUUCUUUGCCCUCAAGACCUACAACGAUGGCAACGAGAGUUUGUAUGACAAUGAGACGAAUGCGUUCCGCGGGCUUUCAAAGAACAAGGGCAUGAUCCAAUGGCUGUUCAAUUAUUCGCAUGUGGAAGAUGAGAAAGCAGGCAGAACAACGUAUAACCUUGUCCUAGAGUAUGGAGAGUACGAUCUAGAGCGAUAUUUCCUAGCAUACCUUCCGCCGCAACUUGAGGAUGAACAGCUAUCCUUCUGGCACGACUUAUUCCUGGUCGCGGAGGCUAUCAGAGAUAUUCACGAAUUCACAGACUCCAGCGGAGGUGUUGUCAAGGAGUAUCACGGAUGGCAUGCUGACAUAAAACCUGCCAACAUUCUGAAUGUACAUGGGGAGUUCAAGCUUGCAGACCCUGGAUUUGCGCGUUUUGAAAGGCGAGGCGACCGAAACAAGGGUGGAAAGGAUGACAUGAUACUAUUGGGGGUGACAGAAACCUUCGGAGCCCCUGAGUGCUAUGUGGCCCAGCGCUCUAAUAGCAGACAAGGAAAAUUUGUUAGAGGUUCCAGAUCCAUUGAUAUCUGGUCGCUGGGCUGCGUAUUCUCUGUAACUGCAACUUGGGUGGUGUAUGGAAAUCAAGGAUUGGAGCAGUUCGCCGAAUUACGCAGUGCAGCGAUCAAUCGAAUCUCCCCGAACCGAACCACAUCUCAGGAAGCGGGUAUCGUCAUUGGGAGCGACUGCUUUCACGACGGUCAGGCUGUCCUUGAAGAUGUCUUGCAUUGGCACAAAUUCCUCCGAAGAGGCAUCAGAGGAAGCGAUACGAUUACCGGACAGGUUUUGCAGCUUGUUGAGGAGAAGAUGCUUCUCAAAGACGCUUCAUCUCGGAUUUCUGCGCAGGAUCUGUGCGAGGAGUUGCAGGGAAUCUUGCAAAGUGUCCAGAGUCUUCAUUCUCAGAUUCCGCCGCACCAUGAGACCAUUCGUAAGGCACUAAAUCGCACCGAAGAGAAGUGGGCUGCAAAAACAAAAGCAGACGCAGAAGAUGCCGCCAGAAAGCCGCUUGGAAGCCUUAAAUCAGAGGCUGCCACCCCAUCAUCGCGUGGUCUUCAUCCAACUCGUGGCGGUCAAAUAUCCCAACUUCUGACACCGAUGCAAACGAGCCAUAGGUCUAAAGCGUCAGGCAAGGCCUCGAGUAUCAUUACGACUCCUUCGAGAGUCUUGAUUGCCACGAGCACUGACAACACAGGGUCUCGGCUCGUCGUUCAGUCCUCUGCGCGGGAAGUGGAUAUGAAGCGAAUUCCUGAAAAAAGAUACUCAGAAGGGUCCGCACUGGUAACGACGCCAGAGAUGUCGCCACCUAAAUCCCCACCAGUCGCCUCCACUAUUGCCCGCACCAGCACCAAUUCGACAUCAAUGACAAGCCCGACUUCCUUGAAACGAAGUAAAACUUCCUCGAUUUUGAGUAAAUUCUCCAAUUUCGGGAAGAAAAAGCGCGAUGAGGUGCUGUUACGACAUUAUAAUGAGAGAGAUAUUGUUUAUCUCAUCGAUAAUGGCGAAAGUAUGGAACGAUUCUGGCCAUCUGUGAGGGAGCUUCUCCUGAUUUUGGUUACCAAGUCUCAGCACAUCGAUGAGAAUGGCAUGGAAUUGAAAUUCACAUGCAGUGAAAGCAAAUUCAAACCAAGCAACAAAGUCGCAGCGUUUGCAGCCGAGAUGGAUAAGCGCACUCACCAGCCGAUGACAGGCGAGCACGCGCGUCAAACCAACAUGAGCAUUACCCUGGGUAGUAUGUUGAGAAACUAUCUCACUCAAUUCUCUCGAAAGAAGACCCAUACCAGGAAAAUGACAAUCAUCGUGCUCACGGAUGGGAUAUGGGCCGGAAUGACGGAAAAUUUCGCUGUUGACAAGGAGAUCAUCGAGUUCAAUCAGAAACUCAGUCAACUAGGGUGCAACGAUCUUGAACACGAUGAGAGGCGUGUCAGCAUUCAAUUCGUCCGUUUUGGGGACGAUCCCACAGCAAUCCGUCGCCUAAAAAGACUCGACGAUCAACUCAGGUUCAAGGGCGUUCCGGAUAUCGUUGACACACGACCUUACAACGACGAUCCGUACCAUAUACUCCUUGGCAGUCUAUCGGAUCACGCAGAUAAGAAGGGUGAAGAAAAUGCAGUCCUAUCUGAUUUCCAAGACUCCUCUCCCGGUCUGGGCUACAUGCAGAGCGGUUCAUCACCUCCGCGGAUCCUCUCCGACGAAAUUGGCUCCGGACAAAAUUUGCUGAUGCAGGAACCUUCUGAGCUUGAGCUCCCACAUACAAUUGAUCAAGCUCAAGCCGGACACCAACAGACACUUCAUCGAAUGCAGACCCCACCGCGCCGACAUCGCACCAACAGCCAUGACAAGCCGCCGCAGCAGCCAUCUUUCUCCUUCUCACGCCACUAG